AUGCUUAGUGGAAUUGGCUUGGACUCAGAAAUCAAGAUGCUUGAUGACACAAACAAAUUAUCCAAGUGUGUCCAGAUUGCACGACUAUAUUUGGAGGAUGAUGACGCAGUGAAUGCGGAAGCUUUUAUCAACAAAGCCUCGUUUUUGGUCACAAACAGCAACCAGGAAGUUCUGAACUUACAAUACAAGGUCUGCUAUGGGAGAAUUUUAGAUCUAAAAAGCUGCACUUCAAUAUUGUGUUAUCUCUCAAAUUGA